CUAAGUGUUAAAUAAGUUGCAAUAAAUCAAAAGCAUCUGCCCAAGUAACGUGGGGCAAUCGAAAAAUAGACAACGACAACAACUGUGCCAUUGGCAUAGAAAAUUUCGCAUAUACACACACAUACACAUGCAUAUAUGUUUUUUGAGCACUGAGCAGAAAGAGCACACGUUCGAUCUACUACUAUUAACAAUAAUAUAAUUGCAGACAAAAUUGAUACAGGGCCACAGAAGGGGACGUGACGUUAAUGUCGUCGUGUAAAUUGGAAAGUGGCAAAAACGCGAGCGCACAACUAUAAUAGCAAUAAAUACAUACACAUAUACACACACACACAUACAAUAUAGACAACGCAAACAAACAAACACAUGCACGUACACAUGGACGCGUUUGUUUGAUGUACAAUUUGGAGCAACGAACAAUAGGCAGACAAACAAAUUAUGACGGCGCGUGAAAAUGUUGCAAGUCGCCUGUCCAAAUUAAUGCUUAGCAAUGCUGCUGCCAGCAACAACACCAACACCACCAACAACAGCAGCAGCAUCAGUAGUAACCAUCAGUCGCCCUCACCAUCGAUGUCUACGGUGCAAUCCCCGACUGGCGAACAGUCGGAGCUAAAUCAACUGAAACGGGAUGCGGAUCCGCAGUUUUCGCGCUUCGCUGACUAUUUUGUGAUAUGUGGCUUGGAUCUAGACACGGGCUUGGAGCCAGAUCGCUUUGCAGGUGACAAUCUGCACUGUUCCCCGUUGGAUCGAGCAUACAAGAGCAAACCAUUGGCUCACUAUCCCGAAAAUGUGCCCUGGAAUCCCUUCGAUGCGCACGGCAUUUGCAUGCUCUCCUUGCCGCAGGGACUGCGAUUUCGCACACAAAAGCACAACAUAGAGCCCAAGUAUCAUUCGUUUGCAACGACGCGUGAGGAUGGCAAACGCUGCUAUGGCUUUAGUCUGGUGUUCUAUGAGGAGAUACGCAAUCGUAACAUAUGCGGCGCCAUACAUACACUGCAAUCUAUGUUUAUUACUGAGCUCUCGAAUGGGCAGCAGACGCACUCACUGAGUAGGGUGAAGCAGGAUGGACCCGUGAGCCGUUCGCUGCCGCGACACUUUAAGGUUGCUGGCCAGGCGCCGCAGUCUGCACAAAGCUAUUAUGAUAUAAGCAAAGAUAAGCUGUAUGUGGCCAAGAGCAUCUCGCUCAUAUGCCAAGCGCCCUAUGCGUUUGCUGCGCAGCUUUUUCUUAAGAAUCUUUACCGUUGUCUUCCGCGACAGCCAGGUGCGGGCAUAAGUCUCGAAUCCUAUGUGUACAACAUUUUAUAUGAAGUGAUGCUACCUCAGCCAGGCAAAUCCAUACGUGUCUAUCUGCCACCAGCGGAGCCACAUUUAGCCGCAAUCGCUGUGAUUCUCCAACGACCCUCCUUGGCCACUGAGCUGCCCCUGCUGGACUUCCCGCUGCGUCUGCUCUUUAAUUAUUUGGGCGUGGAUUGUGUUAUACAACUGCUCACGUGUGUCCUGCUCGAGAGUCAGGUCCUGCUGCGCUCCACAGACUACCAAAGACUCAUGAUCGUGGGCGAGUGCAUAACAUCGUUGCUGUUUCCGUUUGUAUGGCCACAUGUGUAUGCACCCAUUUUACCAGCUGCUCUGCAUCAUUUUCUGGAUGCGCCAGUGCCGUUUGUUAUGGGACUGCAUGCUGACUGUGAGGCUGCGCAUAAAAUUGGCAGCGAGGCAGCGCUUUGCUUUGUGGAUAUAGACAAGAAGCACAUACAGCUGCCAGAGGAGUUGCCCAUCUUUCCGCACAAGCUAGAUUUUAUGGCCGAGAUUAUUUCCGUGCUGGAUAAGUUUGAAAUUGAGCGAGAUCGCGCACAGGAGCCGAACUUCAAGAAUGGUUAUGGCAUGCGCGGCCAUGCCGAUGCCAUGAUCUCAAGCUGCACGCUGCCCAAUGGACUGCAGGCAGCGCGGCGCAGCAAGGAACGCUUCCAGCAGUUGCAGGAGACAGUCUAUACGCUGUCCAGCCCGGGCAGUGCGCCUGCACAACAGCCGCACGUGGACUAUCAGCCGCUGAUAGCACAUCCAGCCAAGAUUGAUCAUGUGCCGCGUAUAGCGGACUUUCUGCGACGCAAGGGCGGCAUGCGUGCUGCCCAGGCAGCGGGCUCGCCUGUGGGCAGUCCCACGCUAUCACUAUCCUCUUCCCCCGUGGGCGUCUAUCAGAAUGUUGAUGUUGUGGAUGCCACACUGCCACCCUCACGAAUGGGCUCGUUAUCGCGGCGCGGCGAGAAGCCUACGCUGUCUACUGUGGAGCAGUACUAUCAGGAUCUGCGCAUAAACAAUUCGCUGCGCGAAAUAUUUCUCAAUCGUUUUGUGCACAUGUUCCAUGCCUAUGAGUACUUUGUCAUUUAUCCUAACCAGGCCAAGGACGAGUGGCUAUCGAAUCGUGAAACGUUACAAAAUUUCGACAAGUCGUCAUUUCUUUCCGACCAGCCGGAGCAUCAUCGCGCGUUUCUCUCGCGCUUUCUUGAAUCUCAAAUGUUUGCCACGCUCAUUGACAACAAAAUUCUGGGCGUGUGGGAGCCACAGCCCGACGAGCAGCUACAGCUCUUUGAUCAGCGCAUCAAGUUGUUGAAACGCCGCCAUGGCGAGAACAUGAUCUGCGCCACAAGCUAUGAGCCGUGUGUGCUCACCCAGGACUCACAGCAGUGCUUUGAGAAGCGUCUCAACAGCAUAGACAUUGAAGUGACGCCACCAAGCGAGAUCCUGUCCAAUCGCGCCGCCUAUUUUCGCAGCUUUCCACUGCUGGAGAAGGGCGUACUGAACCAGGAGUGCGCCUCGAGAGGCAACAGCUUGCGUCGCGUUAAGAAUGGCAACAAGUGGCGGGCACGUGAGAUUUCGCUGGAUCAGAAGCCGCUCAGCGGCGGCGGCAACAGCAACAGCAACUCUUCCAGCUCCAAUGCGGCCAUCAAUCGCCUCUCGGCAAACUUAACCACGGCGGAUGUGAGUCCAGCGCUUAUAGCCCAGGCCAAUUGGACUUUUGUGGAGCGUCUGCUUAAGGAUGUCAAGUCGAAGACUAAGCGCAUGCUGCUCGAUAAGAUGGGCAACGAGGCAGUGGCAUUGGGUCUUAAGGCUGAUGGCAUAGAGGAAAACACAAUGAUUGCCAGCAUGUGUGAUCUGCUGGAAAAGAUUUGGUCCCAUGGUCUGCAAAAUAAACAGGGCAAGUCAGCGCUCUGGGCUCAUCUGCAGGCCUAUCUAGCGCAACAGGAGACUUCCAGUGGCGGCAGCGCUAACAAUUGCAGUGUCGAGCCGACAACUCCCAAGUCAAGCAGUAGUCCCAACAACAAGCUGAACAUUGCCAGCGCAUCACCAGCGCUAGCCUGGAAUGCAAUGCGCAAGCGCAUGGACUACUUGUCUACAUUUCAAACGGACAUCGACAACCCGCCCAGUCCGAAUCGCAGUCGCUCACGUGAUCGCCACAAUUUUGUGGGCCUGGAACAGCUCUGCCCACUGCCCGAGUCGCUCGAGUUUGAUGUCAAAAACGUGCUGGCCAUGGCAGAUAUCAAGACACACAUUGGUUAUACACGCGCCUGGGUGCGUCUCUCGCUGGAGAAGAAGCUGCUCUCGCGCCACUUUCGUACGCUGCUCUCGGAUGAGAAUCUGCUGCGCUCGCUUUACAAGCGUUCCGCGUUUUUGCGCUGCGAGGAUGAGAAGGAGCAGUUUCUCUAUCAUCUGCUAACACUCAACACUGUGGAAUAUUUUAGCUUUACCAACAUUUAUCCCACAACAAAGCUGCCCUAUCGUGUGGUCAUCUUCCCAUCGCGUAAAUAUGGCUCUUAUCAGACGUCCAGCAAUGUUUGGAUCAUGAUCUCUGGCACUAUGAAUGAAACGCAGCGAGUGCCUGUGCCCAAAGGCUCGUUGGAAUUUAUAUUUCAUUACAAAAAUCUGGGUCUGCUAACGACCAUGCGCAUUGGCCAUGACAAUUCGGGGCCCAGUCACAAGUGGCUGGUGGAGCAGGUCGUGAUGCGCAACGAGGUCACCGGACACACCUACAAAUUCCCCUGUGGUCGCUGGCUGGGCAAGGGUGUGGAUGAUGAUUCAACGGAACGUUUGCUAGUGGGUCAGCGUGUUUCAACCAGCGUGAAGAAUGCCGAACUGGUGCCGCCCACACGCACACCACCACGCACCCGCAGUCCAAGUGUACAACGUCAAGAAUCCGUGGCGCCAUCGGAGAUUCAACAUCAGUUGGGUAACUGCGUCAAUAUUAUUGUCAAGUGGCACUAUAAGCCUAGUCGGGAUCGCGAUGUGGGCACACUCACUAACUUGUUGUGCGGCGACGAUGGACUCGUUAAAUGCCUCGAGCAGGUCUUCCUGUGCGGCUUUCGUUCUUCACGUUUCUUUGGUCGCAAUCUUUACAUUUGGGAUUAUUUCACCAAAAUCAAGGAGCUGUUCGAGCAGAAUUUACAGCAGGAGCUGGAUGACUCUGCCUCCAGCAUGGACUCUUCUUUCAGCAAUAGCAGCUGCAACAGUUUGCAGCGACGUGAAGUUGCCAGCAUCUGGCGUCUGUAUGUGCAGCUAAUGGAUGAGAUUAAUACGGCAGCCAGUACAUUGGGCAAAGAUGGCAAAUUUCAGCUGCUUAUAUGUCUCAGCUUACGGGAGCAUCUAUUGACUCGGUUAAUUAAACCCAUGGCUUUGACCAAAGUUACACACGAGAUGUAUGAAGAGGAAAGUUUUUUGCGCCGCCGCAAUUUACUAACAUUUCUAAUACAAAUUCUGGAGCCGCUUGAUGACUGCCACAUCGUGUUGGAGAACUCCAUAACCCAGGGCAUACGCAUUCCAUCACAGUGCUAGGGGGCUAGGGCAAAUGCCAACGCACUGCCUCCACUUACCCACAGACAUUUGCAACCAGUGACCUAGAAUACUCAUACUCAUAUGUCCUUAAGUACGUAGAUACUUGUAACUCGUGAGGAAUCUCCAGUAAACUCGAAUCGUUAGUUUGUUAGUUUUACGAUAACCUUAAAUCCUAAUCCAAAUCACUUGCCAUCCAAACGCUUGCCGAGUGUUCCAAGUCAAAGUGAAGCCAAAGUUGAGAAAAAUUCUGUGCAAUUAACAAGUUUACUCUUAAAAAUUCUAAAAUGUUGUUCAAAAAAUUGAAAAUUUGCGUAGCUAAUAGCGUUUAAGAUAAAUCCCUACAUACCAAUGUAAUCAUUUAUUAUCUCUUGAU